CCUUAUGUGUAUUAUUUUGCAGGGGCGGCCAUGGCAGGGAGGGGAGGCAACGCUGCGCUCCGGAUGCGGCAGGGAGGCGGAAGCCCCGCGAGGAGACGAAGGAGCAGAAAAUGAAGAGGCAUGGAGGAGAGGCGGGCGAGCGGGAAGGGCUGGGGCGUGUGGGCGAGCGGGAAGGGCUGGGGCGUCGCCCACGACGCCGAGCUUGACGGCGGCCUUGCGGUGGCGCAGCCGGCGAGGACCUGUCGGAUCCGGCCGGAUCCGGUGGGAUACGGCGCGCAUGCGGCGGAUCUGGAAGGAAGGCGACCGGGGCGUGGAGUACGAUGGCUGACAUGCACGGCAUGGCCGAAGCCGACGAGAGAAGAGAGAGAUGGAGAGAAAAGAGAGGACGGGAAGGAGACGAGACGCCAGAGGAGAGAGAAGGGGGUGGUGGUCACUUCAACGGGCUGCAGCGUGGCGCCGCCCCGGCCGCUGAGCCUGCCCGACCGCCCCGUCGCCAAGUCGCCACCCCACUGACUGCCCUGGGCUCGCCCUUUAAACCAAUUCAGAGCCAGCGAUUGUUGCCCACAUCGCCGAACCUGGCUCCCCUUCUCCACCCCAGCAAGCACGCGCGCUUGAAGGCGCCCAGGAGCUCGCCGGCAACACUCAGCAGACGCAGGAGAGCUGCGUGCCUGUUAACAAAUUAUAUUGCCCUGUACUACUUUUUAACAAAUUGGCUCCUACAAAGACUAAUGGAAGGAUCAUCAGACCAACGUAGUCAAAUUGUCUGCUUCAAAUUUUCGGUUUUGGAGCUGAUCAGUAGCACGCUGACAUGCAUCAGGAAGCUGACGGACAGCCAUAGUAGGAAGGCGUGGAUCUUGAGCUGUAGCGGCAACGACAACUUGGGCGUUACCUGCAAAAAUACAAUAGUUCAAGGGUUCAACCAAGUGUAAGUUUGAUUCAGUCAAUUAUUGCAGUUCUGCACUGAAACAUUCAGAUUCUUGCAUCCAAAGUUAGAUAGGAACAGGGAAAGAAUCUCCAACGCUUAUUUACAUGGGAAAGAACACUCUUUAACUUUGGUUCAGAUCAUCAGUCUAUCUGAAGCACCAUAGAUUGGGUUUGCAAGCAAAAGGAUCACACAAUCUGACAGUACAAGGAGCAGUCUUUUUCUUCACAUCUUUGUUUUAGCUUGCAUCUGACAAUUAUGUGCUCCAAGAUUAGGCAACCAAAACUGAACUUAUGACUACAUGAGUGCAUGAAAAACUGUUAAUAUCUCUUAUUUGACUAAUCUUUGGAUUGGUCGGAUGUCAGGACCCCGACUCGAUGUCACAUUGAUCUAGC